GGCACAGAAACUAAAUCAUCAGAUUAUUCCAACCACAAAACAUCUACAGGUUGGGCCAAACCAGUUGUCCCUACCUUUCCUGCCCCACCUUACACUAAUGACGUUAGUGUCCCAGAAGGGACACCCAUAAUUCCGGGUCUUUUGCCAGGAAUGACAGAAAUUCCUGCUGUACCUGGACAAGAUAUUGCUGCAGCGAAUGCAAAAAUAUUUGCACUUGAUAGUAAAAAUAUUAAUCGGGAGGUAGAAG